AUGGCGCAGCUUUUCGUGAGGGACGAGCGUCACAUGAUGCGCUGCUUCGAGACUAGCCGCUUACCUAUCGUGAAGAACGCGACUGUGAAACUCAGCAAGGGAGAAAAGAUUUCCAUUCUCGUGGAAAACAUGGGCCGCGAGGACUUUGGCCAAAAGAAUCGUGACCCCAAGGGUAUGGAGAACGUGACCGUGAACGGCGUCAACUUGACCGACUGGACCAUCGAGGCGGUGCCGGUCACGCGGAACAGGGAUGUCAGCGAGUUGAUGCGCUUGUUGGAAAGCCGCGGUAAAGGACACGUGGACGGCAAGAAGACGCCUCGCUUCUUUCACGGCACCUUCAAGCUACACGAGGGACAGAAGCCGCUGGACACAUUCCUGGACCCUUCGAACUACACCAAGGGAAUCGCUUUCGUCAACGGCAUCAACUUAGGUCGCUACUGGCCCGUGGCUGGACCGCAGGUCAGGCUCUACGUUCCGGGCGUGUUCUUGAGACCGCACCCAGAAGAGAACAGGCUCAUCAUGUUCGAGCUCGAAGGGCUGCGAAGUGACAAGGGCGAACGUGGUGUGAGAUUCGAUGAGAAGCCGUACCUCACCGCCGACACCGGAAGCCCGCACCCUUAAAGAAGGAUAGACAAACAGCAAUUAUGGUGGACACUACUAGCAACGUCAUGCUUCGGUGCUGUCGACAUCAUCGUGCAGCUUUGCGCCA